UUCGAGAAAAUGAGUGGACGCGGCAAAGGAGGAAAAGGACUCGGAAAAGGAGGCGCGAAGCGUCACCGGAAAGUUCUUCGUGAUAACAUCCAAGGUAUCACCAAGCCCGCUAUCCGCCGUCUGGCCCGCCGUGGCGGUGUGAAGCGUAUUUCCGGUCUAAUCUACGAGGAGACCCGUGGUGUGCUCAAGGUGUUCCUCGAGAACGUGAUCCGUGACGCUGUUACCUACACUGAGCACGCGAAGAGGAAGACUGUGACCGCCAUGGACGUGGUGUACGCUCUGAAGAGGCAGGGUCGCACUCUGUAUGGUUUCGGAGGUUAAAUCCACAGCUCGACUCCACAACACAACGGCUCUUUUAAGAGCCACACA